CAGCGCCCCUGUAAUGAAGGCGGCUAAGCACGGGGACCGUAGUCUACGGCGUAUAGGUCGCUUAUGAGCACUAACCUGUCCCCCUCCGCCUCCCUGCCGAAGCUCUUCAUUUGAUCCAGCCAAGCCGAGAUGGCAGCGCUCUGUAAAUCAGACUGGUAGGGGGCAAUAUCCUCCCGAUCAAGGCACACAGUGGCCGGCCCGCCGCCGUCUUAUUUGCCUGUUAAGGAGGAGGCGGUGGUCAUUCAUUGUGAUUUUACUGCGGAAAUUGUAUGUGGACCUAAUCCCUACAAUGACAGUUGGGAGGUGCAGUCUAUGAGAAGGUCGUCUGUCUGUGUGUCACUACAGAGAAGACAGUGAAACCUUCCCCUACGGCAAGAGACCUAAAAAAUGAGGAGCCGCAGCAACUCAGGAGUGAGACUUGAUGGCUAUGCCAGGCUGGUACAGCAAACCAUUCUCUGUCAUCAGAACCCUGUAACAGGCCUGCUGCCAGCAAGUCAGGAACAGAAAGAUGCUUGGGUCCGAGAUAAUGUCUACAGCAUCCUGGCAGUCUGGGGAUUGGGAAUGGCAUACCGAAAGAAUGCUGAUCAAGAUGAAGAUAAGGCCAAAGCCUAUGAACUGGAACAGAGCGUUGUCAAACUGAUGCAGGGAUUAUUGCAGUGUAUGAUGAGGCAGGUGGAGAAAGUGGAAAAGUUUAAGCAUACACAGAGUACAAAAGACUGCCUUCAUGCAAAGUACUCCACAAGCACUUGCAGCACAGUGGUUGGAGAUGACCAAUGGGGGCACCUACAAGUGGAUGCUACAUCUCUCUACCUCCUUUUUCUGGCUCAGAUGACAGCUUCAGGCCUGCGCAUCAUUUCAAAUUUGGAUGAAGUAGAUUUUAUUCAGAACCUGAUAUUUUAUAUUGAAGCAGCUUACAAAGUUGCAGAUUAUGGAAUGUGGGAGCGUGGAGAUAAAACCAAUCAAGGAAUUGCAGAACUGAAUGGUAGCUCUGUUGGAAUGGCCAAGGCAGCCUUGGAGGCCAUUGAUGAACUUGACUUGUUUGGAGCACAUGGAGGUCCCAAGUCAGUGCUCCAUGUUUUACCUGAUGAAGUGGAGCAUUGUCAGUCUAUUCUUUGCUCCAUGCUGCCAAGAGCUUCCACCUCAAAGGAAAUUGACGCUGGACUAUUAUCUGUUAUUUCAUUUCCUGCCUUUGCUGUUGAAGACAUAGACCUUGUGAAUCUGACAAAAAAUGAGAUCAUUACUAAGCUACAGGGACGUUAUGGUUGCUGCCGAUUUCUCAGAGAUGGUUACAAGACACCAAGGGAGGACCCUAGGAGAUUGCACUAUGAUCCUGCUGAACUAAAACUCUUUGAAAAUAUUGAAUGUGAAUGGCCAGUUUUUUGGACCUACCUCAUUUUAGAUGGUCUUUUCAGUGGAGAUCAGGUUCAGGUACAAGAAUACAGGGAAGCUCUGGAUGGCAUUCUAAUAAGAGGCAAAAAUGGCAUCCGUCUUUUGCCUGAGCUGUACACUGUCCCACCAGACAAGGUAGAGGAAGAAUACAACAAUCCUCAUACAGUGGACCGAGUACAUGCUGGGAAACUGCCUCACAUGUGGGGGCAGUCACUGUACAUUUUGGGCUGCCUGUUAGCAGAGGGAUUUCUGGCCCCUGGAGAGAUAGAUCCUUUAAACAGAAGAUUUGCAACAUCAUUUAAGCGUGAUGUUGUAGUGCAAGUGUCUGUUCUAGCAGAAACAGAAAAUAUUAAGUCUCUUUUGCUGAACAGUGGUGUAAAUGCAGAAACAAUUGCUGAAGUCCAGCCUAUUCGUGUCCAGCCGGCACGUAUUCUGAGUCAUAUAUAUGCCAAAUUAGGUCAUAACAAGAAGCUUAAAUUGAGUGGACGGCCAUAUCGUCAUAUUGGUGUUCUUGGAACUUCUAAGCUGUACGUUAUCAGGGACCACAUUUACACUUUUACACCUCAGUUUCUGGACCAACAUCACUUCUACCUCGCCUUAGAUAAUCGUAUGAUUAUAGAGAUGUUACGGAAUGAGUUGGCAUACCUCUCUUCUUGCUGGAGGAUGACAGGACGUCCCACCUUAACUUUUUGCAUCACUCGCAGCAUGCUUAAUGAGGAUGAGUCCGAUAUUGACCCUGCAGUUCUGGCCACACUCAGAAAAUUGCAGGAUGGAUAUUUUGGAGGAGCAAGAGUCCAGACUGGAAAACUAGCAAGUUUCCUCACAACCUCAUUUCUUACUCACCUGAGCUUCCUGGACACAGACUCUGAUAACCGGCUCCUUGAGGAUGAGGAAGACACAUUUAGUGUUGAAGAUGAUGAAUAUGAAGACAGAAGCUAUUCAAGGGAGGAUGGUAAUACAGAACAUGUCAAGGAUGAACUGGAUCAGUAUAUCAACCACUUACUACAGAGUACAACUCCGAAAUCCAAUCUUCCUUCUGUCUGCAAAAUUCCAGGACAGCACCAUCUGUUCAGUUCAGAGCACACCACACGGGAUGUCUUCUCUCUGGUGGCCAAAGCCAAAGGCCUUGAUGUUCCCAAAAUCUCAAUGUAUUUGCCAACGGUAAAUGUUUUGAAUAAGCACCGCAAGUCUCUCAAUUUGUUGGAGGCUCCCCAUCCACAUAAUGCUAAGCAGGACCGUGGAUGUAAUUUGAAUUUACCAAUGGAUGCUCAUGGAAAUGUGGACUGUGAGUACUUGGUGCAACAGUUAAAGGAAUGCCCAACAUUACAAGACCAAGCAGAUAUACUGUAUAUUUUAUAUGUCAUCAAGGGCCCAGAGUGGGACACAAACCUUUCAAGCCAGCACACAGUAACAGUUCACAGUCUACUUUGUGAGCUAUACAGUAAGGCAGGAGUCAGCAAAGAGUGGGGACUGAUCCGCUACAUCUCUGGCUUGCUUCGGAAAAAAGUUGAGGUUCUGGCUGAGGCAUGUACGGACCUUAUCUCUCAUCAGAAGCAGCUGACUGUUGGUCUUCCUCCAGAGCCUCGUGAGAAAGUUAUUACUGCACCACUGCCACCAGAUGAGCUAAACAAACUGAUUUAUGAAGCCAGUGGGCAGGACAUAAGCAUAGCAGUUCUUACCCAGGAGAUUCUGGUGUAUUUGGCAAUGUAUGUAAGAUCUCAACCAAGCUUAUUUGGAGAUAUGUUAAGGAUGAGGAUUGGACUCAUCAUCCAGGUGAUGGCAACAGAACUGGCUCGAAGUCUGCACUGUUCAGGAGAAGAAGCCUCAGAAAGUCUAAUGAACCUAAGUCCCUCAGACAUGAAGGACCUCCUCCAUCACAUUCUGAGUGGAAAAGAGUUUGGUGUUGAGAAGAGUGUUCGACCUUUUGAGUCUACUGCUACCAGUUUUGCUAUUUCCAUUCAUGAGGUAGGCCAUACUGGAGCCACCAAAACUGAAAGAACAGGCAUCAGCAAACUGAAAAGUGAAAUGAAGCAGCUGGAUGAUCAGACGUCACAAAGUUUUUAUUUCACUGGUCAUUCCACUGGCAGCAGUGUCAUCUCUCCCCGCUCAACGAGAUGCAGCAGCCCCUCUUCCCCCAGUGGUGGCUUGUCCCCUACAGGUUCUGUGGGCAUACAUGUUAAUUGGGAUGAUAGACAAGGCCAGUGGUUACGCAGGAGGCGUCUUGACGGAGCAAUCAACAGAGUUCCCAUGGGAUUCUACCAGAAAGUGUGGAAGAUUUUGCAGAAGUGUCAUGGCUUGUCUAUAGAUGGCUAUGUCCUCCCUUCAUCAACAACUCGAGAGAUGACGGCUUGUGAGAUCAAGUUUGCUGUUCAUGUGGAAUCUGUAUUAAACCAUGUCCCACAGCCAGAGUACCGUCAGCUUCUUGUAGAAGCCAUUCUUGUCCUUACACUAUUGGCAGACAUGGAUCUUCAUAGCAUUGGAGGCAUAAUCCAUGUGGACCGCAUUGUCCACCUUGCCAAUGACCUGUUUUACAAUGAUCAGAAAGUACAUGGUGCCAAUGAAUUCUUUCUGGAGAAGGAUCCAUCCACAGGCAUUUGCAACUUUUUCUAUGACAGUGCUCCCAGUGGCAGCUAUGGCACCAUGACAUAUCUUUCCAAGGCUGUAGCCACCUACAUCCAGGAUUUUCUUCCAAAUGCAAGUUGUCUUAUGCAAUAGAAUGUUUUAGGUACUUUUUCUUAAAAUAGAAGUUUGUUUGAGUGAGAUGUAAAGUUCACUCCAGUGCAUGCAAGCUGUACAAAAUACAAGCAGAAAACGUUGGAGUUUAAAUGCUAUUUUAAUUAGCUGCCACAGCAGAUUGUACCUUAAAUACUGUACCUUAAGGAAACUUAUUUAUAAAAUAUUUAAUUUAUUAUAUGUUGAUAAACAAAAUAAGCUUUAUUUUUCAGGGCCUCAUGAGGAUAGCACCACAUUCCCUUUAUAAAAGGUUUUAUUGCUAAAUGGUGUCUUAUGUGCCCAUAGUUUUAGAAUUUUUUUUACCUCAUUUGGAGAGUGUUUUUGUGACCGAGUAGCAGAGUGAAAAUCUUAUAUGUUCUGUUUCAUUUCCUGGAAGCCAGUAGAAUGUUGCCAGUUUUUUAAUGCACCUGUUUUUAUUUCAUAAUAUCUUAACAGAUUUUUAAUAGUAAUGAUCUUGAACAUAUAUUAGUGCAGCAGUAAUUUUAGUAUUUAAAACUGCUUACUAAGUUAGUCCCUAAAAGAGAAUAGAAAUUGCAGGCAAUACCAUUCUAGUCUUAUCUUCUCCCAGAGCAAUAGUUCACUCAUGAAUUCAUUUCCUUAAUCUACUUACAAGAGGUGUUAAAAAAGUCCUAGGCCUUUCAUGACAGCAGUAACAUUUAAGGCACAAACUUUUCCCCAGUGAAAGCUCAUUUAUUGUUAACUCUAACACAGCAUUCAAGCAUUUUCCACAUAGUCACCCUCAAGGCAAUACACUUUCCAUCUGUCAAAGCAUGCAGGAAAAUCACCUUGAGUUAAGCUCCCAACUUGCUCAUUUACCACAUCAAUCAAUUCAUCACGUGUCUCAAAAUAUUUUCCACACAAGUGUUCUUUCAUUUUUGGGAACAAGCAGAAAUCACAAGGUACUAAAUUGGAGGAAUAAGGAGGGGUUUCAACCAGCUGAAUAUCAGGUUUCACCAAAGUUUCAACGAUCAGCUUUGUAGUGUGUUCCCACACAUUGUCAUGGUGAAAAAAUGACUGGUUCAGUGUCAGACAGGGCUGACCUCCACUCCUCUCACUCCUCCCACUUGUAAUACCCAUUACAACUUCCUCUGGGUAAAAAAUCAGUAAAGAAUAAAUUUGAUCUCCAUAUUGUACUGCAGGGUCACUGAGGUAGGUUGGAGGGUCUGCAGCACAUCUCAACCAAAUUAAGUACAAAGCAGGAGCCCACUUUGGAGGACGGGUCUGUCAAUUACAGGAUACACUCACACUAAGUCAGAACCAGUUUAGAUUCUCUAAUUGGACUAGAAUUUGCACCUUUGGGGUGUGCCAUGAAACUGGAAUAUCCAAAGAAAAAACAUACAGGUACAGGGAAACCAUGUAAACUCAUUAAAGUAAAUUAAAAUAUUACUGUAGGUGGCACAAUUAUGAGCAUCACAGAUUCACAGCUUCAAAGAUUUCAGUUUGAUUAACAGCCUAGUCAAUGUAUUGAUGUUGCAAGUUUUCCUUUGUCUCUGUGUGUUUUCCUAAAUUUACAUAACUUUCCACCCAGAUACUAAACUUUUAAAGGAAAAUGGAUAGAAAUGAAACUUUUCCAAAUUUCACAAAACUGAUAUUCAUUUGCCAAUCAUUACUCAAUAAAUCAAAACAAAAGUGUUUGGUGCAAGGUAAACAAAUGUAAAGUGCCUGGUGAACAAUAUACAAUAAACUGACAUGAUUAUGUAAUACAAUGACCAAUUGCGCCAUUAUCCCUCCAUAUUAGAUCUGAGUGAAGGUUUGACCAUGUUCUUUGAUCAGCUUCUGUUGAGAAGAAAAUAUAAAAUGUAUAAAUCAAUAAAGGUAUUGAGAAGCCACAUGUUGUCCUAUUGUGAGGAGCAUUGUCUUCCAGUGGAAAAGCAGUAGUCGCGAAUCAUUUCAAAAACAGGUGACAGUGUUUCUCUAUGUAUGUACUUUGAAACAAGUAGCUACUUACUGUAAGGAUCUUCUUGUCCUGUAAAAGAUUCAAGAGAAAAUUGCUAUAAUAUAAAUAGAUUUUAUAUUGCUGUCAACUAGAGACUACUUGGUUCAUGUUCAUAAAUGUGCAAAGUCUUCUCUUUUUAAUAAAGAUAGUCUACAACACCUCAAUCUGUUGAAAUCUCUAUGAAUAACUUUUUUAUGUGUUUUAUUGUAUGAAUAAUGUUUUUGUGUCGUAGGUGGAGCUUAAUAUCAUCUAGUUACAUAUAAAAAGACUCUGUUUUGCUAGGGAUGUCAUUAAAGGUUAAUAGUGCCACCCACAUUGGUGGGAAAGUUGUUGAAAGUCUGAGCAGCUUCAAAUUUCCUUGAAUGACUAUCACAAAUGAAGUGGGCACACUACAUUUUGGCCCUUAUCAAGAAGGUUCACCAACAUCUCUGUUUCUGUAGACAUCCAAGGGAAGCUCACAUUUGUCCCUCUGUUUUCUCUACCUUCUAAAUUUAUAGGGUGAAAUUCAUCCUGGCUGCCUCACUUCAUAGUACGGCACCUGCUCUGCUCAAGAACAUAUAGCAGUGGAGAGUGUGGUGAAGGCGGCAUAGAACAUUAUUGGCACUGAGCUGCCUACUGUUAAGGAUGUAAACAACACUUGCUGCCUCAGAAAGGCAAGCAGGAUAAAAAGACCUUGGCCAUCCUGCACGGUCGUUUUUCUAAUUUCUUCCUUCUGACAAAUGGUACAGAACCAUUGGCACUCAUGGCAGUAGAUUCAGGGACAGUGUCUCUCCCGAAGUCAUAAGUUUGCUGAACAAUCAUGCGAACAAAUAUUGCAACAUAUCAAACACUAUGCAUGCUUGUACAUGUAAAAAUAUUUUGGAAAAUAUAUUAGAUAAUGUUUUACAUUGGUUUUGAUGUCUUUUUUUGGUUGUUCAGGUAAUGAUUUGGUUUGUUCCUCCAUGUUCUGGGAUGUUCUGGCUCAAAUUCUACUCUGAACACGUGCCAUUACUCAAGGUGUUCAGCACAGACUGGCAGAUUUGAAUCAGAUUACCUUUAAAAUGUAUCUGUGAUGAAGCCAGUCUUUACUGCACAGGUUUAGUUUUUCAAUGAUUCAUUAAUUUAUUCAUCAUUUAUGUAUUUCAGAUGUUGCACUAUUAGGUUAAAGAUGUAUUUUUGUUAAAAAGACAUAUUGUGUCAUCAUUAUUGUUUAAAGUUAUGUUUUGGAUAUAUUUUACUCUGGUCAAAAAUAAUUUUGUCACAGAACAACCUGGGGUGUUUUAAAGUAUUUUUUUUGCUGGUUUCAGAAAUGUACUGUCACAAAUAGUUUUUGAGUUCUGUCUUUUUUAGGCUGCAUAUUUAAUAUAUAGACCCUUAUUAAGGUGUAUGGGUUUUUAAAAGUUUCAUUCUGGAUUAAAAUGUUUUUAUUGCUGUAUUUAAACAUUUUAUAACUUUACAGAAGGGUCUUAAAUAAUUCUGUUAUGAGUUUUCAGGCUGUGAUACAUUUGGAUGUUUUGAGACAGGAGCCUGCUCCCUACCAUUUGGUGAUCAGAUAUGAAAGUGUAAACAUCUAUUUGUUUACAUCUGUAAAAAUUCAUUUCUUGUUUUCUAAUCUUGACUUUUUACCUUGAAAUAUUGGAGCAGUCAGUGUAAAGCAUGAUGAAUGGAUUCAUUGUUUCUGAAAUGGAAAAGUGAUACCAAAGCAAGUGGAGUCCCAUUUUGUUUGCUGACAACUGCUGGACCCUUAAGAGGGAUAUUUCAGAGGCUGAGUACAGCAGAAAAUUGAAAGCUUCUAACUUUUAGGUGGGUCACUUCCAUCAUGUAUAUAUAGUAUAAAUAUACGUUUCUUAUAAAUUUUAAUCACGUGUCACUUAAACUUCUUGUGUAAAACAAAAGUCUGUUUUGAUAUUUGUAUUUAGUAUGAAAAAUAUUGUAAGAUUCACCUGUACUGAUA